UUGAGAGACAAGUCCCAAGUUCCAAGCUUUUGGAAUUUCAUCUCCGGAAAAUGAAGGCUUUGGCUGUUGUUCGUCCCCCAAGCAUUUGCUCAUGGCCUCCCCAUUCCUUACCCAAAUCUCAGUAUCUCCGAAGCCAACACUUUCGGGCCUCGUCCUCUUUGAGAAAAGAGCCUCAAUCCGAAAUACAGGCGAAGCAAGAGAAGAAGGGUGGAGUGAUGGAUGAAGUGUUUCUGAAUUUGUUUAGGAAGAAAAUGGUGGAGGAAGUUGGAUGGGAUUCCCGAAAACCCGGAUAUGAUGGACUCAUUGAAGUUGCAAACCGGCUUAUGCUCAAAAGUCCAACCAAUUCUCACACUAAAGAAGCUGCGGUGAGAAUACUGAGAUCCCUGUUUCCACCAAUGCUGCUACAACUUUAUAAAUUGCUAAUAGCACCCAUACAAGGCGGAAAAGUAGCUGCCAUCAUGGUUGCAAGGGUGACUGCAAUUACUUGUGAAUGGCAUCGCCAUCUUUCUUAUUUAAACGAGCCGGGUCAUGGGUUGAGGCCCAGACCCGGCCCUGAUUGA